AUGUCUUUGAAAGGUAAAGUCGCCCUUGUCACCGGAGCUUCCCGAGGAAUCGGAAAAGGAAUUGCCAUUGAACUUGGCGCCGCUGGAGCGACUGUUUAUGUAACUGGAAGGAAACCCGGGCAAUCUGUGAAACUGGAAACAUCAACAACUUUGUCCGAAGUUGCCGAUGAAAUCACUAAAAGGGGAGGCAAAGGAAUCGCUGUUUAUGUUGACCACUCUGAUCCGAAUGAUGUAAAGAAACUGUUUGAGAGAAUUGAGAAAGAACAGAAUGGACAGCUGGAUGUCUUGGUCAACAAUGCCUACUCUGCUGUUCAAUUUAAUCUUCGGAACUCUGGAAAGAAGUUCUAUGAAUACGAGGAGACUCCGGAAGAGGCUUGGGACAUUGUGAAUAAUGUUGGGCUCCGAAAUCACUUUGUUUGUGCAACUUAUGCCGCCAAACUGAUGGUGAAAAGAAAGAGUGGACUGAUUGUGACCAUCGGGUCUGGAGGAGGGAUCAGGUACAUCUUCAAUGUGCCGUAUGGCGUUGGCAAGGACGCGGUAGGCAAACUAUACAAAACAAUGUACUUUGAGGGAGAAAUGCUGGCUUAUUUUUGUAUGUAUUUCAGAAAGACAGACUGGCUGCCGAUCUGGCUCAUGAGCUGAAAGGAACCGGGGUUGUCUCAGUUUCCUUAUGGCCUGGUGCUGUAAAAACCGAGCAUAUUCAAGAGAAAGUCAUCGCUUCGGACAGGACUGAUGUAAGUAUCAGAUUUUAUGUUAAAAACUGCAUAAACUUCAGACUAUUUCCGAGGCUUUUCGCAACGGUGAGAGCCUCUACUUCACUGGCAAGACCUUGGCAAAACUAGUGACUGAUCCUGACCUGCCAAAGUACAACGGUCAGAUACUGUUGAGCUAUGAUCUGGCUGUUAAGUAUGGAGUCAAGGAUGUCGAUGGAAGUAAGCCGUUGAACGACAAAAUUGAUAUUAUUUUAGGAGUCGUUGAACCACCACAAAAAGAAGUCUAUCAACAUUUCACUGCAACAAUGAACAAGUUCAGAGCCGGAGAUCUUCAACAGUAA